AUGCAGAUUUCACUCCCCUCCCUCACCCUGCUGUUCUCCAGCCUCGCCGCAGCGCAGAGCUCGGGCGGCGCAGUCCCGACGCUCUCGCCCUACGAGCAGAUCCGGAACACUCUCGCCCUGGAGGCCUUCCUGCUUGACACCAGGGACCUGACGAACCUGGGGCUCGUGUACGCCGACGAUGCCUCGGUCAACUUCCCAACUGGCGGCGCGCACAGCGGCCUUGCGGACAUCAUUGCUUUCGAGCAGGACGCAUUGAACAACUCCUUCACACUGGUGCAUACCUAUGUGAACAGCCUGAUCACGUUCAACGAGGACGGGACGGCAAACGCUACCAGCUACGCGACAUGGAACAAGCUUGGUGUUGUGAAUCCAGGCUACGCGCAGCAGACGUGGGCCAAGUACUUUGACACCUUUGUCGAGGUGGACGGAACGUGGAAGUUCAAGAACAGGGACGUCAAACGCAUCUUUGGGCCCAUCUCAUCCAACCUGACGGCUGCCGGGCUCUGA